AUGUGCACGAUCGAAAGCCUCCAGAGCCUCAGGGCCAGCCAUUUCUUUUAUGGCUUGUUCGGACUAGUUGUGGGCGUGGGCCUGGGCUUCGUGAGGCAGUAUCUCCUCCGCACGCGACUCGACUUCCCGGUGUUCGGGUCGCCUCGUGAUCCCAACCCGCGUGAUGCCGUACUUGAAGGACAGGCCAAAUGUGGUGACUCGCCCUACUUCGUGACUUCAAGCCAGCAGCACCGCACGCUGGUGCUGCCGAUGUCCCUCUACACCGAGGUCAACAGUCACCCUGAGAAGGUGGUCUCCUUUCGGAAGAUUGUCAAGGACACCAUGUACGGCCGGUACACGGACAUCGGCGGGACCGAGCGUCCAGAACUGCUCGAUGCGAUCCGCCAGGACCUCAUGCGCAACCUUGGCCGCGUCAUCGAGGACGUCCAGGACGAGACGCACCACGCGCUCGCCGCCGAGCUUCCCGACAGUGCCGAGCAGUGGACGCAGACCAACGCGUUCGCCAAGGUGCUGCAGGUCGUGGCGCGGCUCAGUGGGCGCGUCUUCGUCGGGCUGCCGCUGGCGCGCGAGCCCGAGUGGAUCGCCGCGUCCAUCCGCUACACCGUCAACGCGGCCGGCAUCCGCCACCAGGCCAACGAGUGGAAUGCGCUGGUCAGGCCGUUCGUCGUGCCGUUCCUGCCAGCGGUGCGGGCGAUUCGGACGCAGAGGAGGAGGGCGAGGGAGCUGAUGCGGCCUCUGCUGGAGGAGCUGCUGUUGUCUGAUGCCGCCGAUAAUAGGGAGAAGUCGGCGGGCGCGUCCAGGGGCUCGUUCUUGUCGUGGAUCGUGGCGCGCAUGCCGUGGGAUAUCAAGACGGCGCAGCGGCUGGGGGACGAUCAGUUGUUGCUUACGUUUGCUGCCAUACAUACCACUUCCAUUACCGCGACGGCGGCCAUCAUGGACCUGGCGACCUACCCGCAGCAUAUCGAGCCCCUGCGGCAGGAGAUCGAGCAAGUGCUGGCGGAGGAGGGCAUCGAGGAGAACGCCGACGGCCACGUCGUCUUCCCCAAGCCCGCGAUGGCGAGGCUCAAGAAGCUCGACAGCUUCAUCAAGGAGAGCCAGCGCUGGAGCCCGAUGGGAUACACUAUUUCGAGCCGCAUGAUUAUGCAGGAUGUCACGCUCUCGACUGGGCUCACACUGCCCAAGGGUGCGAUGAUCACGUUCCCGCAGUAUGCGGUGCACACCUCCCCCGACACGCCGACCCUCAGCCCGGCCUACAACGCCCCGACGCCCAACCCGGGGCCGGACGUCUUCGCGGGGUUCCGGUUCGCGAACCUGCGGUCGGUGCCGGGGCGCGAGACGCGCCACCAGGUCGUCACGACGUCGCUGGACUCGCUGACCUUCGGGCACGGCCCGCACGCGUGUCCGGGCCGGUUCUUUGCUGUUGCUGAGGUCAAGGCGCUGCUGAUCGACCUGCUGCGUAACUAUGAUAUACGGCUCGUGGGCGACGUCGAGGGGGAGGGGGGCGAGGGGCGGAGGCCUGGGGACGGGCGCCAUGGGCUUAGUCGGAGGGUUGGUAUGCAUUGUGUGCUGGAGGUUAGGAGGAGGGCGAGGGGGUAG